CAAAUAUAGGUAUUUAUUUGAACUGAAGGAAGAUGAUGAUGCUUGUAAAAAAGCCCAGCAGACAGGAGCAUUUUACCUCUUCCAUAGCCUGGCGCCUUUACUUCGGACAGCAGAACAUCAAUACCUGGUCCCCCGGCUUAGCCUAUUAGGUGAAGAUUCUGAGGAUGAUUCUGACUUUGAUGAGAAUGAAGAUGUCACUAUGACAAAAGAGUUGGAAAGUCUCCUGGGUAAGUUUGGACAGGAUGCACAAGUAAUAGAAGAUUCUGUGCUGAUUGGAUGUUCUGAUCAGCAUGAAGCUUGGUUUGCUCUGGACCUCGGUCUGAAUAGCUCAUCUUCCAUGUAUGCCUCCAUACCAAAACCUGAAAUGGAGACUGAGCUCAGAGGGUCUUUUGUUGAACUGAGGAAGGCUUUAUUUAAGCUGAAUUCAAUGGAUUCCUCCUUGCUAUUCACGGCUCAGGCUCUUCUCCGUUGGCAUGACAAUCAUCAGUUCUGCAGCAGAAGUGGGCAGCCCACUAAGAAGAAUAUGGCCGGCAGCAAGCGUGUGUGCCCUUCUAAUAAGAUCAUCUAUUAUCCACAGAUGGCUCCUGUGGUGAUCAUUCUUGUGUCAGAUGGGUCUCGAUGUCUGCUUGCUCGCCAGAGUUCCUUUCCCAAGGGAUUAUAUUCUGCCCUGGCAGGUUUUUGUGAUAUAGGUGAGUGUAUAGAAGAUGCUAUCCGUCGCGAAGUUGCAGAAGAGGUGGGAUUGGAGUUGGAAAGCCUCCAGUACUCUGCAUCCCAGCACUGGCCCUUUCCUAAUAGCUCUCUCAUGAUUGCUUGUCAUGCAACUGUGAAACCAGGGCACACAGAAAUCCAGGUGAACUUGAGAGAACUGGAGGCAGCUGCCUGGUUCAGUCAUGAUGAGGUGGUCACAGCACUGAGGGGAGAGGGCCCCUAUAUUCAGCAACAGAACAAGACUUCCCCAUUCUCUUUGCCCCCUAAGUUAGCCAUUGCCCACCAACUGAUUAAGGAGUGGGUGGAAAAACAGGCCUGUUCUUCCCUACCUGCUUAGCCCAGAUCAGGAUGUCUAGAUUCUUCCUGGGUAUGGCUGAAGGGCACACCUUCAGAGGUCCUUUGUAAAGGAGAGAUAAAAAGCAGCAACAGGCCAAUCUCAUAAUUAGGCAGUGGUGAAGGUAAACUCAAGGAAAGAUACCUCUGUCAGCAAUGCCAGCAUAAGACAUUCCUAUGAACAUGCAGUAAGAAUGGCAGUAUAAGCCAUGUAUAGUAACAUGCACCUGUAGUCACAGCUACUUGGAAAGCUGGGUAUGAAGAGUGCUUGAGCCUAGGAGUUUGGGACCAACAUGGGCAACAUAGCAAGAACUUCCUCUUUAAGCAAAACAAAAUAAAACUAGAUGUGGUGGUACAUGCCUAUAAU